AUGGCGUCGCGCGCGGAUGGGGGGUCGUCGACGCGGCACGCGGGGAUGAUGCGGGAUUUCGAAAGCGAUGGAUUCGACCGCGCGCGAUGGAUCAACGAACGGUGUCGCGCGCGCGGUGACGUCCCGGUCGAACGGUUCCUGAGCGAUCUGGAGCUCCAGACGCAGUUGGUCUCGGAGGACGCCGCGCGAGCGCUGGAAGAGCGAUCGAGGGAGGCGACGUCGAGGGUGCCGCGGGCGACGCGGGAGAUUGAACGCGUCGAGCGACGCGUGGAGGCGCUUCGGGAGGAGACGCGAGCGAUGCUGACGCGUUUGGAUGAGGUAGAGGAGGUGUCGAGAGCGAGCGUUGAUGCGUUGCGGCAGUUGGACGCGGCGAAGCGUCGGAUGGAGAGCGCGAAGGAGACUUUACAGGAGACGAAUGGGUUGGCGGAUUUGAUGGCCAACGUGGACGGAAUCUUCGCGAGCGGAAACAUUCGGAGCAUGUCGGACGCGUUGGCGAGGAUGAAGCGGGCGUUGGCGGUGGUCGGGGAUGUGCCGGAAUUUGCGGACGGGCAGGAUAAGGUGAACGCGUUCGAGCACAAGCUGGAGGGGAUCGUGCGACCCGCGCUCGUCACGGCGUUUGAGUCGCACAACAGCACCGCCGCGAGAGAGCUUCGAGACGUGUUGCUAGCCACCGGGAGAGGUUCGGCGUUGGAGAGCACGUACGCGGAGACGCGAGUGACGGGCCCGUUGAUGAAACAGUGGAAGACGCGCGAACGCGAGGCGGCGGCGGCGACGAGCGGCAAGUCGGAGGCUCCAGUUCGCAUGAUUGAAGAGUUUUUGAAGCAGUGCGCCACGACGCUUCGAGAAGAGAUAUCGUGGUGCGCGAGCGCAUUUCCCGAAAACGCCGCGUCGUUGAUUCCAAUCGCGUGGUGCUCUCUACACGCCACGCUCGAGGGAUCCGUCACGGAGAAACUCAGUGCGAUGCCAACUGAGCAGCUCGUUCCGAUUCGUCGAGCCUUUGAGACGUACGUCGAAGACGUCGCCGUGACGCUCUUAAAGCUCACGAAUGACGACGCCUCGGCGAUGCCGGCGAAAGUUUCGGUUAAUAGCGCGAUCAAUGAUGCGCUAAUGGCGAUAGUCGAGCCGCUCAUUGCCGUCGAGCAACGCUAUGGGGAACUCGCGUUGUCAAACAUGCGGCGGGAAUUCGAGUCAAUUGUCAAUAUUCCCGAGGCACGCUCGGUGGUCACAUCGGACGAUUUGACCUCUAUCUCUCACGACCUGCUCGCGACGUUGCCUAAGGCGAUGAGCGUGUUUGGUCAAGCCGUAGAUCGAUGCAUCGAUAUCACGGCCGGAGUCGAGCUCUUGACGUGCAUGCACGCCAUCGAGAGUGGAAUGGAGCAUUACGCUGAUUUGAUCUCAGUCAUCAUGCGUGACUUGAGACAGGCUGCUGGACUGAUAGACUCUUCCGCCGUCAUGGUGAAGUCCAACGCAAAUUCCGCUGGCGAAGAGUUUAUUCGAGGAUCACUGAGCUUGUUGGACAUUAUCAACGCCAUUCCCUCCGCGCUGCUGGAUUUUGAAUCGAGCUUGAGAGUCAAAAUCUUGGCGCUCCACUCGACGCUUCGAUCAGCUUUGAACACAACUGAGCUCACGAGUACCCCGACGGUUCGUACCUUAAUCGCAUUGAGCGUCGCCGCUCACGCUCCGAGAUCUCGCAAGCUAGCCAUCUUUUUGGACAAGGUCGCUGACGCCGCGGAAAAACACUCCCUCGACAGCUCCAUCAUACCCGUCGGCGCCGAGCACAUGAACGGUUUGGCGAGGACGCUCGAAAAGUUUGUUCAUGAUACUCUUCUGGGUAGAGUGUCGCUCGAACUUAAGGGUAUCGGCGCGUCGGACGUUUGGAGCGCCAAGCCGACGGAGAGCGCGUACAAGCUGCCCACGUUCAGCGCGUAUCCUCAAGAGCGUAUGACGAACGCUGGAGAGUAUUUACUCUCGCUGCCGCAACAUCUCGACGGGGCGAACGAUGACGAUAUUCCACGUACAGUUUCGCUUUCCGAUGACGUGCGUUCGGGGCAGGAUACGUCAGAAGAUUGGAUAGCGAAGAUUGCCGAAGCGAGCGCCGAGUUGCUCUUGAAGGAGGUACAAUCCAUCGGGUCUCUCACGGAACAAGGGGCGGCGCAGCUCGCGGUGGAUUUGGAGUACUUUUCAAACAUUGUCGCGGCGCUCUCGUUCGAUCCUCCGAGUGCGCUGAGCGCUUGGUACAGGUGCGUGAGCGUCCCUCGCGAAGAGUAUGACGCAUUUGCGCGCUCGGCAAAUGCGGAAGGCAUAGACGCAAGGAUCGUUCGCGCCGUGGCGGCCACGCGAGGAAUCGCUUCCUCUAAAUAG